AUCAUUCACUGUUAUGGGGGAGGCAUCACCUAAGGCGGAAAAACUUGAUGUCAACUCCCCACUACCCGAUGUGGAUGACGAAGAAGCAUCCUGGAAACGUUCCAAGAGCGAUGCUAGUUUCUUCCUUGCAGGAGCGGCUUCGAAGGGUUCCAGUGCCGGUGGACAUACUGACAAUAUUUCAGAACACUCCGCCGUGUACUGGAACAUAGCUGAAGCUGUUGAAGAGUCAUCAACACUCUCCACUUCCAGAAAGUUCCCUCCUUUUGGGUCCCGCGAUCGCAGUCACAAGCCGUUAUCCGGGGCAGACAAAUAUGACGAAGUGGACAUGAUUAAGAAACCUGGUCAUCCUUUUCCUUUAGGCGUUGGACGAUUGAAAAAUGUUCAGGAAGGACUUUCUGAGUUCUGUUCAUCCGAUGCCACUUUCGCUCGGCAGUCCUUUCCUGCGUUAUCUACCCAAACAUCGCAUGCUUUAAAUCCAGACAUAACCCAUCGCCCCCGGGUGGACGAAUGGAGCGGAACAACUACCAGCUUAUAUAGGUACCGAGACAAGCAGAUCAAUCGUCAGACUGAUUACAGUUUCUACUCGACUGGGGCGAGUGCAAGAAGAUCAUCAGAGGACUCCCAAGAAGACGCUGAAUCUGUCCAUACUCCUCCAAUGACUGCACUUGGCGAUGCGCCUAAGGACACUCCUUUGUCGCCCACGACCUCAACCGAUUUGAAGAAAUACUUGACGGCCCUGAACACGUGUGACGAAAUUCUGUGCCUAGCAGACACUAAAGUGUCUAAGGAUGAGGCUGAACCUUUAUUUCGUGAAAUGUGUAGCGCAGUGCUUGGUGCACUUCAGGGAUUUCUUAAUAAUGAAGCAGGCAUGAGCGAUGAACCGUGGGCUGCCUGUCCGAAGCAGGACAUCGUGGGAAGAAACCAGACAGAAGCCACUCCACCAUCGACGCCAAAUACGAUUGAGGAAACCCAGCUCCAAGCACAAAGGAUAGUCCUAGUCCCACGCACCCGGCUUCAUAGCUCUGCGCUUUCAGACCAACGAAGCACAAGCCAGGUGCUCCAUGGAACGAACCGUCAUCUCACUUUCCGAUUUACUCAAAUACUCAAUCG